CCAACGACUCCAGGGACCAGAGUGCUAGUGGUGUCGCGACUUGCAUGCUAAACUAAAGUCUAGAACGACAGUCUACAGCGGUGGUGUUGUUUAAAGAGCGACGAGAGAAGAACUUGCGCUGACUGACAGGAUUUUGAAGACACACGUAGCGCAAGGUUUGCGGCUGCUGGGACUGCGGUGAAUGCUUACGUUCCUUGAACGCAGCCUCGUAACGUUACCAGCGAGUGAGGCUCAAGAAAAGCAACUGCACAGGAAGGAUCGUGUGACUCUCUGACGGUCGUGCGGGCUUUCCAAAGAUGGCAUCCUUGAAACACAGAUCACCCCAGGAUAUCCUGUCCGGGCAAAUGAAAAAGAGCGUGUCUCAGCCGAACUUCUCGAAAACUAGAACUGUUGACUACAGCAAUGUGAAGAGCCGUUGUGGAUCCACGGUGAACGCUAGUCACAAACCAGGAGGUGGCAUGAAGAAGAUUGCAACGGCAAAGGUCGAUUUUAGUGGUGUCGAGUCGAGGACCUCAUCAAGGCAUGGCAACUACGUGGCAGGUGGCGGCAAGGUUAAAAUUGUCGACAAGCCGGUGAAGUUAGGUCGUGUUACGUCAAGGAUUGACUCAGGAAAGUCAACACCGCACUUCAGGCCAUCGGAUGUGACACCCUUGCCAUCCUGUGUAUCACCGACAUCAUCUUUGACCGGAUUGACCCGCUCGAAAAGCGAAUCAUCUUCUCCUAGCACAUUGCGUCAUGUGCAAGGCCAUCAUGUGGCGAUGACACUACAUGACCAUGAGAAAGUUCAAGAGCAGAUUCGUAAGCUAUCGGUAGAAGAGGGUGCACAUGAAGAGAGCAGCACGUCACCUGGACAGAGCCCGACAACAGCGAGGAAGCCGUAUCGCAAAGGGCCAUCCUCUGAGAAGGCAGUAAAACUGCCUCUUGGUCUUCGCCGCUUUGCCUCGUCCACCUCUUCACUUUCUCGUCCAGUGGAAAGACUGAGUGACACAUCAGGCGCUGGCAAACGACUUACACGGCACACAUCACUUGACCCAGCAAGAUUUAGACAAGCAGAGGAAAGAACUAUAUCAUACACAUCUACCCCAUCAUCGGCCGCUGUGAAGACUGGAUCCCGACUUCGAAAGUACGGCAGUGCAAGUUCUGGCAUAGGUAAUAGCGGCAACAGCCGUAAGAGUGGUCUCUCCUCGGUUUCGUCGUCUGGUUUCCACGAGAGAACGACUAGCCUUGAUGAGGACCGGCUCGGUAGAGAUUGGAUUCGUGAACAGGAGACAGAGGGGAGUGAAAGUGCUGAAUCCGUUUCAGCUGCAGACCUUGUUACACAGUCACUGACCUCAUUGCCAGAAGCCAGUGUGUCUGAGAACGGGCAGGAGUUUGCACAUGCCUCCCCUACAUCAGGUGAAAACAAUCAAGAGUUGGAUAUUGAAGUACAUAGUGAGCCAGCAAAUGAGAGGUCACACACUUCCUUGCUGUCACCUAUCAGGGAGGCGAGUAUUGAGCAAGGCGCAUUUGAUUCACUUCAGGCCUAAGUUGGCCCUCCUGAAUACUUGAAUUACUAUUACAUCACAGGAACACACUUCAUGUUUUUUUUAAAUGUUCACUUGAGUGCUUUUUUGAUCAUUUUCAGAACAAUUAAUAUUUUAGGCCCGAUUCACUUUCCGGCUGUCAUCUCGGACCAGGAUAUUUCACUUCUCACGUAUGGAUGUAUUCUUGAAUUGCCACGCUAACUCUACUUGUAAGAGGAUAGUCUGAUGUGUUA